GAUAGCCACAAUUAUUUCCACUUGCAUGGGCGCGCACGUGGCAAUGACGUCGCAGUCGAAGCUGGAGUGGGCACAUCACAUGCAAGUAAACUCACUCUGCGCACUCCAUGUCCGCUCUGUACUCUUCCACUGCCCAGCAUGGCCCCGGCCCUCACAAUUUCCAUUCCCACGGCGACGACAGCGACCCCGGUGGACGCCAAGCCCUUUACGCAGUACCAUGUCUCGCUGCAGCUGCCUCUCCGCCGCCACGAUAUCCGCAAGCGAUACAACGACUUCGCCGCGCUGCAUGAAGCUCUCGUGUCCGAGGCAGGCAAGCCUCCUCCGGCACCUUUGCCCGCCAAAUCAUGGCUACGACGCACAGUAAACAAUGCGAGUUUGACCGAGGAGCGACGUGCCGGCCUGGAGAAGUACCUGCAAGCCAUCAUCGCCUCAGACGAUGCUCGAUGGCGGAGUAGCGCUGCCUGGCGCGGAUUCCUCAAUCUGCCCAGCAGCAUCACAACUAACACAUCGGGUUCGAAGCGUCCGGGCAGUGCUCAUGGAGGAGCAGCCACAGACCCGAGUCAAUGGCUGGACUUGCAUCGUGACCUCAAGAGCCAAAUCCAGACCGCUCGUUCACAGCUGAAACAGCGCGAAUCUGCCUCGACGGCCCAGUCACAACAUACACUCUCCGCUGAGGCCAAGGCAAGCCUGGUGCGUGCGGCCACUUUUAUCGCGCAGCUGGAAGAUGGUCUCAAAGCGAUAGCCGCAGCAAGCAAAGGCGACGAUGCUGGCUGGGGAGGCGCCAAACGUCUCGGUGAUGGCGAACUGCGUCGCAGAAAAGAUCUGAUUGGUACUGCAAGAAAAGAAGUCGAGGGACUGGAAGGUGUUCUGAAGAGCAUGGCCACACAAUCUGCGAAAGUCUCUGGGAGCAGUGGUGGAAUGAACGCCUCGGCCGCAGCCACGUCAGAGCAAAAGUCAGAAUUGUGGAAAGGCACCUCGGCGGCGAAACCGAGUGGGCGCGUAUUGGGAGGUCCAAUGAAAGAAACGGAACGAACGAGGGAAUUGGACAACUCGGGUGUGUUGCAACUGCAAAAGCAAAUCAUGCAAGAACAGGAUGAAGAUGUCAUGAGCUUGGGUAAGACAGUGGCGAAGCUGAAAGACAUGGGCAUUCUGAUCAAUGAGGAGUUGGCCAUCCAAAAUGAGAUGCUGGGGGUCAUUGAGCAAGAUGUGGAGAGAGUGCAAGGCAAGAUUGAUGUUGGAAGAGCUCGGAUCAAGAAAAUCAGUUGAUCUCCAGGAGUUGAUGUGCAGCUCUCAAGUCGGAGAAAUUGGCGAGGUUUUGUG